GUCCAGGUUUGGAAAGAGAACUACUGCUUUCAGGACACGAUUACAAGUUGCCUGAAUGUUGAGAGCUCUAACUUUUUCGUGUAUGUUCUGCCAGCAGUAGGAGAGUGGAGGAGAAGCCUGAAAGCUGGAAAUGGCCGCAGCUGGGAAUGACCGCUCUUUCCAUGUUUGUUCCCCCUACGCACAGCAGAAGUACAGCAACAUCUCCUGUUUCUGGGAAAAACGACCAUCAGGCUGCUUGAGGAUCAGUUGCGCCUUCCAUCACAGCAAACCUCGCAGCAUAAAUGGACUUUUUUUGCCGCCGAGUAACAAUGCCCCAUUGCAACAAGGUGUCCAAGAAGGGAUUCCGCACCCAGCCCAUGGUCAAGAGUCACUCAGAAAUCAAAAGAAUAUUUUACGACCAAUUCACCCUCCACUGACUAUACACCUCAACGAUGAAGACGACGAUGAGGACGAUGAUGAAGAGGAGGAGAACGGUGCUCCUGACUGGGUGCCUCAGACUGCUGCAGACCUUGAAGAGGAAAGAGCAAUAAAGGAAAUAUGCUAUCAAUCUGGAGAGUAUUACGGGAUUCAGUACCCUCAGGAACACCAAUCAACAAAAACUGUGUCUUCACCUCGGGAAAAUGAGCUACUACCCUGGGAAGCUACCGAGCGAGACUUGCAGGCAGGCGACGGUGAUACAAUUCCUACAACAUUUAAGAAUGCAAAAGGAGAAGGAGAGAGCUCAGGAACGACAGUACCAGCAGAGACCAUUCCCAGAACAGAUCGUGGAUCCUUUGAAAACGGAGAUGCCCCAUUGCAACAAGGUGUCCAAGAAGGGAUUCCGCACCCAGCCCAUGGUCAAGAGUCACUCAGAAAUCAAAAGAAUAUUUUACGACCAAUUCACCCUCCACUGACUAUACACCUCAACGAUGAAGACGACAAUGAGGACGAUGAUGAAGAGGAGGAGAACGGCGACGGUGAUACAGUUCCUACAACAUUUAAGAAUGCAAAAGGAGAAGGAGAGAGCUCAGGAACGACAGUACCAGCAGAGACCAUUCCCAGAACAGAUCGUGGAUCCUUUGAAAACGGAGGAACCAAUCGCAUGGAGCGGGUAAAGAACUAUCCCGGAAUUCACACUCCAGACCCCAAAGCAAAACCACGUCGCCAACAAAGGGGUCAAAGUAAGGACGAUGAAGCUGCUUCUGCUGUUCCUCCAGUGAGAGAAACUGGAAGAGACACUUAUUUCAGUUCUUCAGAACCUCGAAGAUCAGCAUAUGUAGUCUACCGUACUGCCACCGUCACCCAAGAACCAAAGUGCAAUGGACCGACAGCAGUACCUGAGCCGUAUGCUGGGAAACGCUCCAAACAAAAGAAUCAGCUUGAUGCAAAUAGAAGAUUUUGGACCCAAACCGAAAGCUAUGACAAAUAUACUUCAGGCUCUUACAAUGCACCAACUUGGAGGAAAAGAAAUCCACACCCUAAAACGUUCUCAAAGUCUAAAACAACCAGUCAGAGCCAAGAAGACAUGGAAGUGAACAGGAAAGGAGAGCGAUACAUAGACAGGAGAAAGAGAUGA